GAUAUGGAAUUUUAUAGAAUCGUUUAAUAUCAUAAUUACAAGUAUUCGUUAAGCUUGUUUAAAGUUAACGUCCGAAGCGCUGUCACCGAUCUAUUGUUGCAACGUCCUCAUCGUGUGAGACGCAUAGAUUUGCCACAGAAAUGCACGGAGGUAUGGACUGGAAUCGCGAGCGGGAACGCUCUGCGGCGACCAGAGGUGUUUUUAUUUGCAAUUAUUUAGGUAACUGAAGUGAAGAGAUUGUGGUAUUGUUAAGCCGCAAAAUGCCAUCCUCCAGUAUACCGGUCCCAGAUAGGGAUCUGGGAAAUUCUCCGUCUUCGCGAAAAGGUAACGUAGAGGAUUUACGAAGGCACAACAACAAACUAAAGUCAGAUUUGGAAGCGGAGCGCGCCAAGGUUCGUCAGGUUCUGCGUGAUAAGUCUGCAGAGUUGAAAAGGAUCCAGGACGGGUUUGAAAAGGAAAAGCAAAGAGCGAUCGAACAGGCGACGAAACGAUUGAUUACUGAACAUGCGGCAGAGCUAAAGAAAGCUCGAGAUAACACUGCUAAAGAGAAAGAUAACGAACUUCGACAAGUGCUUAAGUUCAAGGAGGAAGAAGUUAAGACUAUGAGGCAACAAAUUACUGAUGAAAAAGAGAAAAACAGACACGCCGAGGAAGAGUUAAGAAGGGUUUUAGUCAAUAGGAGUAAGGAAGGAGAAGAUCAUUCUGAAGUGGAGCGAAAAUUACGCAGCGAGAUUGCUACACUCAAAGAACAGAAGCAAAAGGCUGAGGAACUAUAUCGAGCCAAAUCUUCAGCGGACAACGAAAAAGCUGAACUGAUACGUCGCUUGAAAGCCGAUCACGAACUCGAGCUUCAAAAAUUUGUGAAAGACUCGAAACGUGAAUCAAUUCAUAGUUUACAACAGAGGAGGUUGACCGAGAAGGCAUUAGAAGAAAAGGAGCAUGAACUGGCUUACAAGGAUCAUUUAGCAAAGAAACUCGAAGCCGAGAAGGACGACCUUCAAAGAAGAUUGUCUGGAGAUGUCGAGAUGUUGCGGCGAUCAACUCUUCGGACGGGCGCUUCGUUUGAUUUAGGUGCCAGCGAUCGCCUGGAUGAAAGCCCCCUUGUGCGAAAAGAUAAAGAACGAGAAUUGAAAAAGAAAAAUGCUGAAUUACAAUCAAAGGUGGAAAGCUUAGAGAAAAAGUGUGCUGUACUGGAGAAAGAGUCAUCUAAGAGUGGAAACCUGAAAGCAACUUUUGUGGCAGAAGAAAAAAUAAAGAAACUCAAGAAGAGGAAUUCUGAGCUUGUGUCCAUUGCACGACAGUUGGAGGAAAAGGCAAAGAAACUUCAGGAAGAGAAAGUUCAGGCUCAAAAAUUGGUGGAGGAGAACAGUUCUAACAGUGCUGGGGUGGAGCAUGUGAAAAAGAUGUAUGCAAGACAGAGAGCCAAGGAUCUUGCUGAACAUGCUAAAGCAUUGUUGUCUAAGGAAAAAGAACUGGAUGAACUGAAAAAAGAGAUAUCAACACAAAAGAAUGGUCCAGAUUUCCCGCAAGAAAAAGUUGAAGAGCUUCAAUCCAUAAUUCGUCAGUCAGCCAAGGAGAGGUUGUGGCUUGAGAGACAAAUUUCCAAUGGCGAUUCUUCUCGUGAACCUAGUCCUCUGCUACUGUCAGGUGAUCUUGCUUCCGAAAUCAAGAAGAAGACUGAAAUACUCAGCAGGUUGGAAGAUGAGAACAAUAAUUUAAAAACUUCAGUGGUUCAACUGCAAAAGGCUGAGGCUGAAAGCUUGAAAUUGGCAGAGGAGCUGAAGGAGAAAGAGAAGGAAAACCAUAAGCUUGUGAGUGACUUAGAGGAAAAACAGACAAAAUGUUCCAAACUGGAACAUGAAAGAGAACGAUUUGCUGCCAAAUGCACCAUGCUUCAGAAGAAGAAUGCAGAAAUGACCAAAAAGAUGGAAGAAUUAGAAGAGAUGGAAGAGGAACUCAGUAAUGUAAAGGAAAAACUUGAGGUUUCAGAUGUGAAGUGUGGCCUGCUUACAGAUGAGUGCAACAGAUUAAAACACCAGCUGGAAGGGCUUCUUCAUGUUAAGGAGGAUCUUAAGACUAUGGAGCAACAAAAGAUGACGAUAGAGAAGGAACAUCUUAGCAGUCUUGAAAAACUUAAGCAGAGAGAAGAAGAAAUUAGACAACUUCACAAGAUCCAGGAGGAAGCCAACCGAGCUCAUGAGAUGGCUGUGACAUCACUAGAAGAUACUGUGCGUAGUUUGGAACAGAAGUGUAUUGAGGCUGAAAAGAAUAACAUUAACCUCAAAAAAGAGAUGGAUGAACUGAAACAGAUGGAAAGGGACAGUAACAGGAGAAAAGAAGAAGUUUGUCACAGAUCAACUCAGACUACACUUGAAACAUUCAACAAAGAAAUUCCAACUGUAGAAGAAGUUAAAGGCAUUGCGGUCAAAGGUCAGCCUUCACUUAAAGAAAGUCCACAACCACCUCGCAAACUUUCUAGUGAUGCUGCAGAUGUACUGUCAUCUCAGAUCAUGCCAACCAAGUCUGCUACCUUCGAAGAAAAGGUUGAGUCUUUCCUUGUCAACUCCAGCAAGCCCCAACCUGUUGCAGGAGAAGACACCAAUACUCCAGCAUCAGAGGAUAUAUUAGAGUCACUGGCUUCAAGAAUUAAUCAAUUAGCAGCAUCUGAUAGUGAAGAUGAUCCACUCAGUGAAAAAGCAUAUGCAGAUCCAGGGGAUGAUGUAGAAACAGAACAGAAACCUGAAAGAUCUGAUUUGGAUUUUGAUGACUUGCACCGGCGCAUUGAUCAAGCAGAAGUAGAUGAAGAUACCAGCAGCUCCAUCAGCACAAUGGAAAGAGCCGGCAGUGAGGCUAGUCAAGAUAUGGCCAGCAUGGCUGAAGGAGACCUGGGUGACUUAGAGGAUAAUCAGCCAGACAGCUCUGCUCCUGAAGAUGAACAAGCUGAGCCCUCUACACUACAGCCUAUUGGUAAACUGAAUGUGCAUAAUGCCAUGCCAGCCAGCAGUAAAGACAUCUCAACAGGUACCAACAAUGGGUUCAGUGCAGAAGAGGAGGCACUGGACGUUAGAUAUCUUGAAGGCGAUAACAGUGAUGUGGAUCCAGCCAUUCAAGAGAAACUUGCUGUCUAUAUUGCAAGGUACAGUUAUGACCCUUAUCAACACUCACCAAAUGAGAAUCCUGAUAUGGAGCUGGCAUUCCAGGCUGGAGAUUAUUUGUAUGUCUUUGGCGAGAUGGAUGAGGAUGGAUACUUUUUGGGUGAACUGAUGAAUGGCCAGAGAGGAUUUGUACCUUCUAACUUUGUGGAGAAAGUCGCUGAUGAAAGUGAAAUGACUUUGAUGAUGAAUGGCACUGGAGAAGGAAUUGAUGAAAUACCAGACAGCAGUGAUGAAGAAGAAACAGAUGAAGAAGAAAGCUUCUCGGAAGAUGGACAAACCGAACUUGCAAUACCGGGAGAAAAUGGCGAGCGGCAGAUGAAACCAGUGCGCAUGCUUAAGUUCUCGGGUAAACUUCAUCGUGCGUUACGCUUGUCAGUGGAACAUAUCCCCGACGUUGGACUUCAGGACAUUGAGGAAGAAGACGAAGCGGAGAUAGAGGAGGAAAUAGAAGAGGAGCAUGAUUCAGGGAAUGAAUUUGAUGAACAGGAUGGUUCGAAAGAAACUGGAUUUAGCCAAGAUGGCAUCACGAGUGAUGAAAUUGAUAUAAUGCCUCGUAGAGUUCCCUCCCCUAGGAGGCUCCACCUUGAGCGUCAGUUUACCCGGAGCGUGCUCCUAAGUUGGAAACCCGCUGAUUUGCCUGCAGACCAAGUGAAAGGUUAUGGUGUGUAUGCGAAUGGAGAGCUACGACUUAUGAUCAAAGGAAGCAGCAAAACAAAGGCGCUUCUGGAAGAUAUUGACCCCCAGGAGACAUACCGCCUCUCUGUACGUACCAUCACAACGCAGGGAGAAGAAUCAUCAGACCGCUCAGCUGUGGUGACAAUUGGCAAAGAUGCAAACUUUGCUCCCAGUCACGUGCAUGUCACCUGCAUUUCUCCCACGUCAGCUAAGAUCGAGUGGUCGCCAGGCAACAGCUCAUUCAGCCACGAAAUCCUUCUAAAUGGGGACCUCCAUAGAACAGUUCGCCCUGGGACCUUCCAGCACACAAUCAGUAAUCUCGAACCGGAUCAGUGGUAUAAGGUUCACAUACGUGCUAAGGAUCCUAAGCGAGUGUCAGUUGACGAUCGUGAAGAGGAUAUCGAGGUUGAUCUGUUGACAGCUGAAGCAGAAUUUCGAACUGAACCAGGAGGUCUGCCAGAUCCACCUCUCGAUGUGGAAGCAACUCCAGGUCAAUCAAACACCCUUGAUGUUAACUGGAUUCCAGUGACAAUCACAGACAAAGGUGCCUCAAACGGCGCUCGCGUGACAGGAUACAAAGUUUACAUCAACGGCUUUCCAUGUACGGAAGUCACGUCACCCACAGCAGAUUGCGUGACAGCCGUGUCGUGGAUGGUCGAACGGGCGAGCAAGAAAAGUCACAGCGAUGUUCUUCGUGUUAUUGUUAGAACUCAGUCGUGUGAGGGCGAGUCAGCUGAUUCAAAUGAAGUUGUUAUGCCCUUAGGUAUGUUUAAUUUCAAGGCAAAUCAGGUUAUAACACCUAAAGAAACUGAGCAGGUGUUGCAGAACAAUGAUAUGUUGUUAGAAAGAUCUUUCGGAUCUCAUGGAGGUCACGAAGGCUCAGAUAACUUGGCGAAUGGUGAGCUGGUCUCUGAGCCACCAAGGGAACGAGCCGAUAGCGUAAGACGCUUUAGUAUGGGCGAGAAUGGCCAGCCACAAGAAGUUUUAGUUGAAGACAUUGCCAAACACACCAAGGACGAUUCUGGUCUUCUUGCGCAGCCUCGAACGAAGGGAGAACCGGUCGUGUGGAAAUACGAGACCGGGGAUGAAUCGGAAACUGCCGAAAGUAUCACGAAAAGCGACGGAAGAAGUGGAUCCGAAGACGAAGAUGAUGAAGAAGUUGAGAUUUGUAUACCAGACGAUUCGGAGGAUAAAGAGCAAGCUGCUAAAACAGAGACUGUGGUGAAUGUGGAAGAGCAAGGCUAUCAACGGCUUGAAGAGAGUAACGAUGACAUCGAAGCUGAUACCGAAGUUCCCAAGGUCGAGCAACAGCUUGCUGAGGAAGAACAAGCGCUUUCUGGCGAAGAAACAUCAGAAACGCAAAAGAAUCCUUCAAGAAUUAGUAAGGGGAGCGAUAUGUCUUCAGAGAGUGACCUCGACAUGGAAGAAUUAGGACAGUCAUUGGAAGAAGCGCAGAGUGUUCAACGAACAAGUCCCGAAGGAAAGGAGAGCGAGGAUAGAAUGCCUUAUAUUCGUCCUCUAGAGUAUGACGAGAGUGACUUUGAAAGUGAAUCAAGCGAACAGGCCCCGCUUUCCAUAAUUCAAGAAGAAGACGAGGAAGACUUAUCGGAAGAGGUACAUUUUCCGCGCUCACACUCGGCCUCCGAGGGCUUCGAGAGCGAUGAUGAUGUCAUGGAUUUACUCGACGAUGAGCAAGUUUGGGAUCAAUCGUCGGGACGCGUCGACUUCGAAAGCGUUCGUAAAAUAUCGCAAACAGAAGGUUCUUCGGCGGUGAACACCAAUAAAACGUCAGAGGGCCAAGGCUUUGGAAAAUAUUUAGCAAAUAGUAGUGACCAGCUAAGAACAAACGCUAACCAUGGUUCACCGUACAGACUUGUGGAUAAUAUCAAGCUUUCAGAAAGUGAAGGAGAGCUGGUGGACAACGAUGGCAUCGACAUUACCUACAGUGACACUGAGGCAGACCGAGGGGAACUAGAAAGGAGUGCGACUCCGCUAGAUGGACAGUAUGGGGAAGGAAUGAUGCGGGAAGAACAACCGCUUCAUCACGCGUAUGACGAGGCUACGCCGGCGGCGGAGGGACAGGCGCCUUCUGAUCAAGGGUACGCGGGCGGAGGUGCCCCGGAGGAGCGAGUGCGUGUGUUCUUAGCUCUUUAUGAUUAUGACCCUGCUACUAUGUCACCGAAUCCCGAUGCUGAAGAUGAGGAGCUGACGUUCAAUGAAGGAGACUUGAUAAAGAUUUACGGCGACAAGGAUGAAGAUGGAUUUUACUGGGGCGAACUAAACGGGAGAGCGGGGUACAUUCCGUUCAAUAUGGUAUCAGAAGUUCAUCUCGACGAUGAAGAAUCCGGUAGUACUGUCACGACGCCUUCCAUGAGCAUUACUCAGGAAUCUGCCGCCCAGCUCCAGCCCCUUGAGGAAGCUCCCCGGGCAGAAGAGACUGAAGCUGGCCCUACCCCGUCCGACAACUUGCUUGAGGAGGUGAUCCUAGAAGAUGGCGAAGAAUUUGAGGACCCGAGAUCGAGUGACAAUUAUCAGCUGCCACCCAGGAGAAUGGUAGCUCUGUUUGAUUAUGAUCCACAGACUCUGUCGCCCAACCCUGAUAGUGAGGUUGAACUCAAGUUUAGAGUUGGUGAUAUAAUUUAUGUAUACGGCGAUAUGGACGAGGAUGGGUUCUUUACAGGUGAGCUCCGUGGAAUUCGGGGUUUGGUACCUUCAAAUUUUCUUGAAAGUUUGUCUGAUCCCAUGGAGGAAUCUCAACUUGACACAAGUAACGACAGCCAUGAGUCUCCCAUGGAUUCCCCAGAGAAGUAUAACUCAAUCAAUGGUACUCACAGCGUUCCAGAUGACACGCCCAAAAAGAAAAAGGGAAUCUUUUCCAAAGGAAAACAAAUGUUUAAAAAGAUCGCCAAAGGACACAAUUCGCCUCGAGGGAACAGUUCUAAAAGAUAGCGUUGCUGAGCUAACCAGCUGCUUUUGAAAUAUUGAAAAUGUCUUGUAAAUAGAUUAUUCGAAAGUUCAAGCGAGUGAAAUUUAGUUUUAUAGCUUUUAGAGAAGUCCAUUUUUAUAAACGGGUUGUAUUUUAUCCAGUGUAAAGGGGUUUACUAUUGUAUAUGUGGGCUUGGCCCUUAAUUUAUAAAAAACCCGAAGAGUUCUAUUGGGUGCUUCCCUUGAUAUGGAAGUUAUUUACCUACUUUUCAGACGGUCAAGGCUGUAGUGGAUGCUUGCUAUAUAUACUCGCGCGCACUUUGAAAUUUUUUCACCGAACGUUGCCGAUUCGUUCUUAUUCAUACACAAAAUAACAGACGCAUAAAGUUCUCCCUGUAUCAAUAACUUGUUUAAACUUUUAAACUUGAAAUCUGGAGUGUUUAUUUGUAAUAUAUCUGGUUGAACAAUGACCGAUUUGGAAAUGUGACGCAAAGAUAGCAUUAUAUUGUAUUGUAUUGUAUUUCCCAGAAGUGUUAUGUUAACUAUUAUUAUAUAAUUUAUUUAGCAGAGUUGUAUACCAGUGUAGUCACAGACAUUCGCUAUUAAAUACUAUUUUGCGGAGAA